AUGGUCAAACACGCUUCCAAAGCCACCGUUCAUCAACUCGCCAAAGAGUACUCCUCAAUCAUAAAAGGCAAAACCAUUCUCACAACAGGCGUAAGUCCUGGUGGUCUCGGUGCCUUAUUUGUUGAAGCCAUUGUGGUUGCCGAGCCAGAGCUGGCUAUCCUUGCUGGUCGUAACAUCAACAAACUCCAACAAACAGCAGACCACCUUGCAUCAAAGCAUCCCAAUCUCAAGACAAAGCUCUUGACUCUCGACCUCAGCUCCCUUGCUUCUGCCCGUUCUGCAGCACAGCAAGUCAACGGUUGGUCUGAUGUUCCUAAAAUUGAUGUCCUGGUCAACAACGCAGGCAUCAUGGCGACCGACUUUAAGCUCACAGAGGAUGGAUUCGAAAAUCAGUUUGCUUCUAAUCACUUGGGCCAUUUUCUGUUUACGAAUCUCAUCAUGGACAAGAUUCUAGCUGCAGAAGUUCCUCGUAUUGUCAGUGUGUCUAGCAACGGCCAUCGACUUGGUCCCAUCCGAUGGGGCGACCCAAACUUCAGCAAUGGAGAUUUGUACAACAGGUGGAACGCAUACGGACAGUCCAAGACUGCCAACAUGCUAUUCGCCAUCUCUCUGGCUGAGAAACUCGGCAGUCGUGGGUUGCAGGCAUACAGUUUGCAUCCUGGUGCUAUCCUUGAAACCUCCUUGGGCGAUCAUCUGGCGAAUCUAGACAGUCUUGUCGAGGCUGAUCGUGCAAUCGGCGAUCCAUGGGGUUGGGUCGAUUGGUCAACUAUCCCUGUGACUGCCGAAGUUGGGGCUGCCACGCAUGUCUUUGCUGCAUUUGAUCCUGAUUUGAGAGAUCACAAUGGUGGUUACCUGUUGGAUUGCCGUUUGGCGGACCCUUUUACAGACACUGUUAGACCCUGGGCUACGAGUUCGACCGAGGCAGAGCUCCUAUGGAGUCUGAGUGAGAAGAUGGUUGAACAGAAGUUUCCAUUCUAG